GAUACUUUGGAUUUGAUUUGGUUUUUAUGAUUUUUCUAAUCACAAAAUGCCUCAUUCUAAAAUCGAGUGGAACGCUUAAGCCAAGAAGAACGCUUCCACAGUUAGACCCUAUUCCCACGCUUAUAUCAUAUCACAUAUCACUCUCACUCUCUCACACACACAAUAAACAAAGAGAAACUCCAUACAAAAGUCUUCUCUUCUGUCACCAGCUACUCAAACAACAACCGUUGAUCAUGGACCCUCAUGUUCUUUUCAUGCGAUUGUGUCUGUUUCAACUUUGAAACAACAAAGUUACUUAACCACGUUGGUUCCUAGUACUGUGUUGAUUGCUUGGAAUGCUGUUGUUACAAUAACAAUAAUAUUAAUAAUGGUUGAGAGAACCGUGUCUGCUGGCUCCACCAUCAAGGUUGUUUCCAAGAAGUCCUUGUGUGGAUUCUUCACAAUGACAACGUUGUUGUUCAUGUUGUCAUGGCUGUUCGUUCUUCGUUCCACUCGCUCCGAGGCUUCGCCUAACUCAAAUCUUUUCUCUUCCUUCAGCAACUCAGAUUUUGAUCAGUCAGUGCAGCAGCAAAAACACAUGGAAGAAGAAGUUGAACCAUCUAAUUUUGGCAAUAGAGCAAUACUUGUAAACAAUAUAGAGGCAACAACAACACAUGAUGAGAAACAACAACAACAACAACAACAACUAGGUGUGAAAUGCAAAGCACAUGACAAGGCUGUUCUAAGAGUUUUCAUGUAUGAUUUGCCUCCUGAGUUUCAUUUUGGACUAUUGGAUUGGAAGCCUGAAGAGAAUGUUAACAGUGUUUGGCCUGAUAUCAAAACCAAAGCACCCCAUUACCCUGGAGGGUUGAAUUCGCAGCAUAGUAUAGAGUAUUGGCUCACUUUGGAUCUUCUUGCUUCAGAACUACCUGAAGCUGAAGCACAAUCUAAUGCUAGGAGUGUAAUCAGAGUUAGAAACUCUAGUGAAUCUGAUGUGGUAUUUGUGCCAUUCUUUUCCUCUCUUUGUUAUAACCGGUUCUCCUCCAAAACUAAUCCACAUGAGAAGAGGAGCAUGAACAAGGUGCUGCAAGAAAAAUUGGUGAAGUAUGUGACGGAACAAGAGGAAUGGAAGAGGUCUGGGGGGAAGGAUCAUGUGAUCGUGGCUCACCAUCCAAAUAGUAUGUUGGAUGCAAGAAUGAAGUUGUGGCCUGGCACUUUCAUACUCUCAGAUUUUGGGAGGUAUCCUACAAACAUAGCCAAUGUUGAGAAAGAUGUGAUUGCACCUUACAAACAUGUGGUUGGAUCCUAUGAUAAUGAUCAGUCCAGCUUCGAUAGCCGUCCAACAUUGCUGUACUUCCAAGGAGCUAUAUACAGAAAAGAUGGAGGCCAUGUACGGCACGAGCUAUACUAUCUUGUUAAAAAUGAAAAGGACGUGCAUUUUUCAUUUGGGAAUGUUGAAAAGGGUGGUGUGAGAAAUGCAGCAGAAGGCAUGCGUUCUUCCAAGUUCUGCCUGAACAUAGCCGGCGACACCCCUUCGUCGAACCGGCUUUUCGAUGCCAUUGCCAGCCACUGCGUCCCCGUUAUCAUCAGCGACGAAAUCGAGCUUCCCUACGAGGAUGUCAUUGACUACUCUCAGUUCUGCGUGUUCGUGCGCACAAGAGAUGCUCUCAAGAAGAGGUAUCUUAUAAACUUCAUCAGGAGCAUUGGGAAGGAAGAGUGGACAAGAAUGUGGAACAGGUUGAAAGAGGUUGAGAGUUUCUUUGAGUUUCAGUUCCCAUCUAAGGAGGGUGAUGCUGUCCAAAUGAUUUGGAAGGCUGUUGCACGUAAAGUUCCUUUCAUGAAGCUCAAGACUAAUAGGUCUAGGAGAUUUCUGAGGUCUCUUUAUGGGAAUCACAAUUUUUGGAAAGAGGCUUUAGGCAAAUUUGGUUUCAUUUGGGGGUGUACUAUGAAAGGAAUGAGAAUGGCGCUAUCUUCAUCUUCAUCACCACCGCUUCUUCCCUUCGAUCUCCAACGGCACCGUUUAGUUAGCCUCAAACCCUAUACUCGUUCUCGUUCUUCUCAGUCUCAGCACACCGUCACCGUCACCGUCACCGCCGCUAAAGCUAAAGCUUCUUCUGCUACUCCGUUAGUUUACUCCACCAGACAAGGGUUUGACACCGUCAACAUUGCCGAAGAUGUCACCCAGUUGAUUGGAAAUACGCCAAUGGUGUACCUCAAUAAAGUUACGGAAGGUUGUGUGGCUAACAUUGCUGCAAAACUUGAGUCUAUGGAACCUUGCCGAAGUGUCAAGGACAGAAUUGGCUAUAGUAUGUUAUCUGAUGCUGAAGAGAUUGGAGCAAUUUCUCCUGGGAAGACCAUUUUGGUUGAACCAACAACUGGAAAUACGGGACUUGGCAUUGCUUUUGUUGCAGCAACAAAGGGGUACAAACUUAUAGUCACAAUGCCAGCUUCUGUUAAUGUUGAGAGAAGAAUCCUUUUACGUGCAUUUGGUGCAGAGGUUAUUUUGACUGAUGCUGAGAAGGGGCUAAAAGGGGCAGUUGACAAAGCUGAAGAAAUUGUUCACAGCACAAACAAUGCUUACAUGUUUCGGCAGUUUGAUAACAUGACUAAUACAAAGAUCCACUUCGAAACUACAGGGCCAGAGAUAUGGGAGGAUACCAUGGGUAAUGUUGACAUAUUGGUAGCUGGGAUUGGAACUGGUGGCACUGUUACUGGCACUGGACAAUAUCUGAAAAUGAUGAACAAAAAUAUAAAGGUGGUUGGGGUGGAACCUGCAGACAGAAGUGUUGUUUCGGGUGACAGUCCUGGUUUCAUGCCAAGCAUUUUGGAUGUCAAACUGCUUGAUGAAGUUAUCAAGGUUACAAAUGUUGAAGCGGUUGAAAUGGCAAGGAGAUUAGCAUUGAAAGAAGGUUUGCUGGUUGGGAUUUCUUCAGGAGCUGCAGCAGCUGCUGCCAUAAAUUUAGCAAGACGGCCUGAGAAUUCUGGGAAACUUAUUGUGGUUAUUUUUCCGAGUUUUGGUGAGAGAUAUAUUUCUACUGCUCUCUUUCAUUCUAUCUAUGAAGAGGUUCAGAAAAUGUAAAAUUUAGAUUCUACCUUAAUGAGGACAAUUGCCUAUUUAUUGGAGAUUGAAGCUGCUCUCAUGGCACUACUAUUCAAAGAAGUAGCAGCUGCCUCAUGCUUUGUAUAGGAGAUGCACCAUUUGGACAAGGCACAAUUCUUGAAGCUAAAGGGGGACUGACAUGAUGUACAAUGUCUUUAUUUAUUUAUUUAUUUAAUUUUCAUUUUUUUACUGGUAAUCUAGCGUUGUCUAUUCUUUUCAUUUUUCUUCACUUUCCCUUCCCAAGUCUGUCAAUUAUUGAGUAGUAUUCAAAUGUUUUACUGGAUUGUUGACAUUUUUUUUCCUAUUUACUAUUAUCUGACUAUGUAUGUUAUAUACUAUGUAGAUGGUUUAUUAGUGCGCUAUCCAUUAUUUAUUCAGCAGAA